AUGUAUAGGAAACUUAACAUUAUGAGAAUGAACUCAAUGGAUUCUAUGGGAUCAGCAUGUUCUACAUGUUCCCCAUGUAUAGACACGGAAUCGCAAAAUGUUUUUGAUAUGGAUUUUACAAAAAUUAACAGAGACACAAUGGACAUUGGAGCUUCCCUGAAAGAAACUCUAAAAUCUGCUCACGAGACUGGGCGAACAACUUGUGGAGUGUAUGAAUGUGCUCAAGUUUUGGAAACAAACCCAGACAAUAUCAUGAUGUGCCUUUUACCAUCAAGCAGUGACGACGAUGAUGUCACAAUGCACAUACAUUUUACGCUCAUAGAAGCAUUCUGCUGGGAAAAUGACAUUCGAUUAAUGAGGGUUGAUAGUGCUGAGAAACUGUCAAAAAUACUGGGUAAAACCAAAAAUGAUAACGAACGUCCAACUCGUACUGAAGAUUUCAACUGUGUCCUUGUUGAGUAUCCAACAAGUGAAACUAGUGAGUUUGAAGAAGAUAUGGCAGAAUAUUACAAGAAAACAUGUCACAUGAACCCCUCCCCAAUCAUCGCCCUCCCCUGAACAACUGGUGGCUCUAGCUCAUAGCAAGCUAUUGAAACCCGUUGUUGUAGACCAAGGUCCAACUGUUAAGAGAUGUGCCAGAUUCAAUAUGAUCUCACCAUAGCAUCAAAGCGGGAGGGAGAUGAGGCCAUCGCUACCGGCAAUAUGACCUAAGAUAUCUGUGUCACCAUAGAAACUGUAUUACAGUCACCAUAGCGAUAUGAGUUCCUUGGGACCAGAUGAUGUACAAUAUAUUCAUGAACAAUAUGCGUACAUGUUGAAGAAUACUCUGUCAGUUCAGGACACUGAAUAAUGAAGCUCAAUGUAUCACCAACUAUCACUUAGUGGUUUAUCAAUCAUAAACCAGCGAAUGCGACAAAAACUAAGUCCAAAGUUUGAAAGAACAAAGUACAUGGGGGUAGAGUUCACUGACAUAAUAACAUUUAAAACUGGUUAUCACCAGUUGAUGUAAAAGUGCAAUGUUCCAGCAAUAUUAAUAUAAUAUCAUUAUAGGGAAUGCUUGCAAGAGACAUUGUGCAAAUAAUCUCAUAUAUGUGAAGAAUGUAACACAUUGUGUUCAACACAUUGUGUUCAAACGAGAUGAGUUUCUCAUUGUAUUUAUUUAUUUAUAAACUACAUUUAUGUACUUUAUUGUAUUUAUUAACUUAAUAAUUUAUUUGUGUUAACCUUAUUUCAAUGAUAUCACAGCAUUACAUUGAUUUUAGUAUCUUUAAGAGUAUUAUGUUAAGGUAUGUAAAAUUCAUCGACUUAAUC